AUGGCUGCAGAAGGUGAAGACCUUGCGAAGGCUUCCGCUCGUCCUGGCUUAGCUAACGGCGGAAGCUUCGUGGCUCCCGCGAUUUGCCAAGGAGCAGAAGCAACCGGCGCAAGCAGAGACGUGGAAGCAGCAGGAACGGCCGCGGAGGACGCAGCGGGAACGGCGGCGGGAGAAGCAGAAGGAGCGCCCGACGCGAUUGGUGCGUCCACCCCGCCUCGUGAGGCGAACCCGACCAGUCCGUCGCAUGCAAUCCGUGCGAGCCUCUCCGCGCCCCCGCGCGUGACGAGCAAGAAGCCGCCCGACAGCAUGCCGCUGCUGCGCCUACCGCUGGGCCUGUCGCCGUCCGCUUGGCCGCAAGGAGGGAAGCGGCAGCUUGGGCGAGAUGACACGGGAGAUGACAAGCGGCUGGAUUUGAGUAUGCCGGGACUAAGCUCUCAACAGGGAGGGGGUUCGGGCGGCUCGGAUGGUCCUUGCUGGAAGAAGCGCGCCGUUGGGGGUGUUUCACCGGGCGUAGCCGCUGUAGCAGUGUCCUCGGGUAUACAGUCCCCGGGUGCACCGUCCUUGGGUGCACCAUCCUCGGUAUUAUCUGUUCCAACUCCAACAGCCGUCGCGUCUACUUAUGUCGCCUCCCCGUCCUCUUCCUCCGCCUCUCCGCUCCGCCUUCCCUCUCCACUUCGCCUCCCCUCCUCCCUCCGCCUCAACUCCCCUCUGCGCUUCUCCCGCCGAUCUUCCCCGGCCCUUGCGCCGGUUUCUGGCGGUCACGCCCUUCCAGUCCCCCCCGGAACCCCGAAUAACGGCGCGCCACCUUUCCUCUCGCAACCGUCAAACUCCCCCCUUGGGUUGUCGCUUCCUCCCUCCAGCACCUCACCCAGUCCUCACGCUGCGCGGGCGCACGGUCCGCUUCCGCCGCUAUCCCUUCCGCCCCCCGCCGCCCCGCUCCCUGCUCAACCUUCCCCCGCGCCGACUCCUGACGGCGGGUGGCAAGGGACAGCUGGCGCAAGUCCGCGCAACCCUCCGAACCAAGGGGGACCGCAAGAACCUGCCAAUUCCCCACACUACCGCGGGGUGCGGUUGCGCCCAUGGGGAAAAUGGGCGGCGGAAAUCCGCGAUACCGCCAACAGCGCGCGCCUGUGGCUGGGCACGUUCCCCACGGCGGAAACGGCGGCGCUGGCGUAUGACGUGGCAGCGAUGGCGAUUCGAGGAAACAAGGCGAAGCUUAAUAUGGAGCAGCACAGAGAGCUGGCGAACGAAGUUCGCGAUCUGGUGAGAACGCUGAAAGCGGCGGCAAAGGCGGCGCAGGAUGCGGCGGCGGCGCGCGCGUAUGCGGAGGCGAUGGCGGAUGCUGGCGGAGAGGAGGGGAAGCCGCCAGGGCUGAAGAGAGAAACCGCGACAGGGAACGGCGAGGACCGAGCAGCGAACGGCGACACGUUGAGUGAACGGCUGGGAACGGUUAGGGAUGGUGACACUGGUUUAGAGGCAUCUCGAAAUGAGGGGGGCGGAAACGAGAAGUCAGCGGGUCGGGAAUGCGCGAACUAUGCGCCGGUGGCGGAAGGUACAGGCGGAGCACGCAGCGCGCAGGAGAAAGACCAGAUGGCGGAGCCGCGAUUCGGGCAGGGAAACGGGCAGGGAAACGGGCAGGCGAACGGGCAGGAGAACGGGCAGGGAAACGGGCAACUUCCAAUGCUGCGACAGGACCCGCCACAGGCGCCGCUUCUCCACGUGGUGAUGGGGAAGGUGGUUACCACCAUGGUGGAUAAGUAUGGCGGGGGAAUGGGGAAUUGGGCCAGGGGCGUUGGCGCUAAUCAGGGCGCGCUGGGGAGCGGAGGAAGCGGGGGAGGCGGAGGAAGCAGCGGGGGAAGCGGGGGAAGUGGAGCUCCUGAGGGUAUUGGGGCAGGGGGGGGAGUUGGGGGAGGUGCGGCGAAUGGGGGAAAUUGGGGGAAUGGGGAAACAAAAACGGGUGCCGUGGGAGGGGGUGCUGUGGGUGCAGAUAGGGAAGGGGUUGGAGGGAACGCGGGGCAGCAGGUGGACAGGAAAGAGUUGGUUACAUCCCCCUUACAAGCUCUCUCGUUAAACCAGGGAGUCUCGCCCAUGCAAUGCCAGGCCUCCUUCAUAGAAAGGAACACGUCCCCUGUACUACCCCAAGUGAAGGUCGAGCACGUUCCUGCUUUUACCGAGUCAGCUUACAAAGUUUUGGUGUUGCAAACAGGAGGGCAGUUCGUGAGUGGAGCAACUGCGUUUGCUGGUAACCAUGUAACCAGUUCGUGUGUGGUUGCGCCCAGCGUCACACCUCCGCCUGUAGCUGUACCGAGUAUGCUUACAGGGGGGAUGACAGGAACGCACUCAGAGGUGCCUGCACUUCCUAAGACUGCGUGUAAGGGGGACGCCUGUAGAGGGGAUGGGGGGAGCAGCAGCAGCAGUAGCAGCAGCGGUGGCAGAAGCAGCAGGCAGAGUGGGGGAGAGGAGAUGGGCGAUGGCAUAGGGGGCAUGAAUGGCACGGGUGGGGUAGGUGGCAUGGGCGUGGGGGGUGGGGCAGGUGAAACAGAGAGGAUGGAGGUGGAUGGACGGACACAGGAAGCAGGGCGAAACUUUGAAGGGUUGGUGGGCACAGUACAAUGUGCGUUUGAACAUCUCACCCCUAAAUCGCCUCACCUUAUGCAGCAGGGCGGUGGCGGGAACGCUGGGGUAUUAUUUGGCAGUGAGCGAACGACGACACCUGGCAUGGUAUCAGGGUCUCGUGGCGUGGAUGAUGUGCCACGUGGCAUGGUAUCAGCGUCACGGGGCAUGGAUCAAACGCCACGUGGCGUUGCACAGGCGCCUGCUUGCCUGUGCCACCACGCCCACUCGUUAGACAUGCCUGUAGCAGCAUUGCAAGCGCCCAUGCUACCCCCACCUGUCAUGCAAACGCCCUUGCUGACCUCCCCUGCUGGUGCUGCUUCAGGUGGUUCUUCAAGCGCGGCUUCUGUUGCCCCUUCAGGUGUUGGCACAGGUAUUCCUUCAGGUGGUCCUUCAGGUAGUGCUUCAGGUGGGUUUUCAGCUCAACCCUCUGCCGAACGACCGGGAUGGCAUUACACAGAAUCUCAUCAAGCAACAGAGAAAGCAGCAGAGGAGAUUGGCAGCGUAAAGAAAGAGAAUGUCGCCUCUACUGGUGGAGGAAGAGGAGGAGAAGUAGGAGUAGAAGGAGGAGGAGGAGGAGGAGGAGGAGGAGGAGGAGGAGGAGGAGGAGGAGGAGGAGGAGGAGGAGGAGGAGGAGGAGGAGGAGGAGGAGGAGGAGGAGGAGGAGGAGGAGGAGGAGGAGGAGGAGGAACGGAGAUAAGUGGGAUCUCCCAGGGUACCAGCCUUGGCGAUCCCAGGCUCUGGGAGGAAGGAGGGGGUGAGAGGAGGGGUGAGAGCGGCAGGAAUCAGGACUGCCCAUUUCCGCCCUAA